AUGCAGAUACUUUUCAACCGGUUGGAGAAGGUUGGGUUUGUUUUUUACCAUAGAACAUCUCAAAACGGCGAACGGGUCGAGGAUGUUUUCUUCAUCCACCCGGAGUCGAACAUGUUGUGGCGCGCCUUCCCGAUUGUGUUGCUUAUAGACUCCACCUACAAGACGAAUCGGUACAAAAUGCCGCUAGUCCAGAUUAUCGGUGUUACAUCCACGUUGAUGUCGUUUUGCAUUGCUCAUGCGUUCGUAAGCAACGAGAAACAGGAAAACUUCACAUGGGUUCUACAGAGGUUGAAACACUCAUUAGAUAGUGUUAUGAAACCCCGUGUAAUAGUAACCGAUAGAGAUCGCGCCCUAAUGAACGCAUGUGCAACCGUGUUUCCCAGGGCUAGACAUUCAUUGUGUAGGUGGCACAUACAGCAAAACAUCUUCAAGCAUUGCAGGCAAAGCUUUAAAACAGAUGAUAGCUGGGACAGGUUUUUUUACAAGUGGGGCGAGCUAAUUAACUUAACGACCGAUCAUGACUACAACUACUGGUACGAGCGAAUACGAUCAAGGUUGCCACGCAAAAAAACCGACCAGAUUAUGGACUAUUUGGAUUCAAUCUGGUUACAACCAUAUAGAGACCGGUUUGUUUCAUUCUGGAGCGACCAAUAUCUGAACUUCGGUCAACGUACAACGAACAGGACAGAAGGUCAACAUGCCCUUUUGAAGCAGUACCUAGGCGACUCUAAUUACACCCUGGAGAAAGUGGUGCCACUUAUUGAUAAGCUCAUAAGAAACCAGGUGACAGAAAUCAAAGCCAGCAUUGAAACAAGCAGGAACCGAACAUUGGGUCAACAUAACGAACCAAUAUUUAAUCUCUUACGAAAGAAGGUUUCUCAUGCCUGCCUAGAGUCGAUAUCCGACGAAUUAAAAGAAAUAGAAAAACUAAAGUUAUAUAACGGUACAUGCGCGUGCCGUUUGUAUACAAGCUCUGGGUUGCCGUGCGCGUGUCGGUUGGAACCGUAUACAACGAAUGGUCAAAUGAUCCCAUUGGAGUUGAUAGACCCUUUUUGGAGAAAGUUAAAUUUGGACCCCAUACUAAAACCGAGCGAGGUGGACUCUUUCGACUUAGACGACGAAUUUGCGCUUCUCAAACAACAUUUAAGUGCCCAGCCGAGAGAAGUCAAGAAAAACCUGCUUCAAAAGAUGAAGGACUUGGUACAACUCAAUAAGACGAAGCUCAAACAACCAGUUGUGCAAAAAAAAAACACACGGGGUCGUCCAACUUUAAAAGCUCAGCAACAAAGGAAGGAUGAUUCGUUUACGGAGCCUUCAAGACACAGCUUGUUUACAACGCAGGGCGAGUAUAGUGAUUCACCCGUUGGGUUAGGCACACAAGAGUCAAUCAUCGAACCUUCCAGGCACAGCACGUUUGUCGAGUCACAAAGUUAUUAUGCUGAAACACCUAUGUUCUUCGGCGAGAUUGCGAAAGGCGCUAAGAAUUCAAAAACGAAAAAGAAGGUCGCAAAAUCAAAGGAAGAGCAACCAGACUUACCUUUGCUGCCUGUCGGACUAGUUAAUAUGUUCAUGCACUUCAAAAAGUUCAUUCCACCUUGCUUCUAUCCACACCUCAGUCACAUACAAAAUGUGCAGGGUGAUGGUAAUUGUGGGUUUCGAUCUAUAGCGGUCGGCUUAUCGCUUAAAGAGUGGGACUGGUCGUUCAUACGGGCGCAGCUUUAUGAUGAGUGCGACCGGUUCCACGAAUUAUGGAAAACGAUAAAUGGACCUGGUUAUCAAAAUGUUCUGGAUUCAUUAGAUUGGACUGACGGUAAGGCUGAGUCAUCAGCAGCUGGUGCGGCCCGUAGAGGUCGAGGUCAGGGUCAGGGUCGGGGCCGUGGACGCGGACGGGGACGUGGACGUGGACAGGAGGAGGAGAUUGUGCCCGAUUUUACUGAGACGACGCAGUUUCUUAGAAAUAUCCCCUGA